CCUCUUCCGGCUCAUCACCCAAGGGAGGCUGAUGGCGUCGGCGGAGCCUCUUGUGCGGCUUGGAGGGUCGAAGCGGCUCCUGGGAGGUCCUGCAGCCACUUUUUAAACAAUCAUGAAACUAACCCAUUAAUGUGACUCUUACAAACAAAGAGGAUGCCAAGAAGCACAUGCUGGAGAACAGAGAAUGAGAAGCAGUAUUAAAAUCCAAAAUGAACUAUCAGUCAAAAUCUUUUUUCAAUACCACUUGAAAGUGUAAAAAGUCUUCUUCCUCAGAAAAUGAGAGAUAAGGGACAGAAUAAAAAGAACAAAGUUUUGAGUUGGGAAAAAUAGACUAUAUGGAACUCAGGAAGACAUUACAUGAGCAGUCUAGGAGGAAAAUGUCCAAAUAAAAAGUGGGAAACACCUGAAAGUCAGUGGGAAGAAAAAGGUGCAGAUGGCCAAAAUAGGCAGCUAUUAAUGAAAGCCUUUGAUGAAGGAAAGAGUGGCUUGAAUCAAAAAACCUUAACGUAAGAGAUCAGAAAUAUUUCUGGCCUUUUUGAGAAUCCAAGAAUAUCAGUGUUGGAAAAACCCCAGGGAUUGCCUAUUGUGAGAAAAAUACAGAUUGCAAAUCACAUCUGAUUAUGUGCAACAUGACCCACCCAGUGAAAAGCCAUGCAAAUGUUUAGAGUGCAGUAAAAACUUUACUUGGAAAACCUUCCUCAUAAUUCAUGGAAGGACCCAUACAGAAGAGAAACUCUACUAGUGCUCCCCAUCUGACAAAAGAUUAAGCAUGAACACCAAUGUAGUGAGACACAAUAGGAUUCACACUGGGGAGAAACUUUUUGAAUGUCCUGAUUGUGGGAAAAGCUUCUCUCAGAAUUCUGACCUGCUGAUACAUCAGAGGACUCACAUGGGAGAGAAACGAUAUGAAUGUCUGGAUUGUGGGAAAAAUUUCAAGGAGAAUUUCAAGCUCAUGAUACAUCGGAGGAUUCACACAGGAGAAAAACCGUAUGAGUGCCCAGAUUGUGGGAAAGGUUUCAAUUGGAAUUCCGAGUUGGAAGUACACCAGAGGACUCACACUGGAGAGAAACCUUAUGAAUGUCCUGAUUGUGGGAAAGGUUUCUCUCGGAAAUCUAACCUGGUGAAACAUCAGAAAACACAUACAGAAGAGAAACCAUUUAAAUGUAGUGAUUGUGGGAAAAGUUUCAGUCAUAAUUCAUACCUGGUGAUACAUCAGAGGACCCACACGGGAGAGAAACCAUAUACAUGUGUAGAUUGUGGGAAACAUUUCACUCGGAAUUCUGAUAUGGUAAAACAUCAGAAGACACAUACAGAGGAGAAACCGUAUAAAUGUGAUUGUGGGAAAAGUUUCAGUCAGAAUUCCUACCUGGUGAAACACCAGAGGACUCACACGGGAGAGAAACCAUAUGAGUGUCUAUAUUGUGACAAGCGUUUCACUCGGAAUUCUGACAGGGUGAUACACCAGAGGACUCACACAAGAGAGAAGCCAUAUAAGUGUGCUGAUUGUGGGAAAUAUUUUGCUCGGAAUUCUGACAUGGUGAAACAUCAGAAGACACAUACAGAAGAGAAACCAUAUAAAUGUUGUGAUUGUGGGAAAAGUUUUAGUCAGAAUUCCUACCUGGUGAAACACCAGAGGAUUCACAUGGGAGAGAAACCAUAUAAGUGUGCAGAUUGUGAGGAAAGCUUCCAUCGGAAUUCUCAUCUGGUGGUACACCAGAGAAUUCACACAGGGGACAAACUGUAUCAAUGUCCGGAUUGUGGUAAAAGUUUCACUCGGAAUUCUAACCUGGUGAUACACCAGUUGACUCACACAGGAGAAAAAUUAUAUGAGUGUCUGUUUUGUGGGAAAGGUUUCUUUAGGAAUUCCAACUUGGUGAUUCACCAGAGGACUCACACGGGAGAGAAACCAUAUGAGUGUCCUGAUUGUGGGAAAACUUUCACUCAGACUUCUCACCUGGUGAGGCACCAGAAAACUCACACGGGAGAAAAACCCUAUGAGUGCCUGGAUUGUGGGAAAAGAUUCAGUUGGAAUUUCCACUUGGUGAUACACCAGAAGACUCACACAGGAAAGCAAUCUAAUGAGUGUCCAGAGUGUGGGGAAAAUUUCAGUUGCAAGUCUGAACUGGUAAGACACCAAAAAACUCACAGAGAAAAGAGACUGUAUGAGUGUCUGGAUUGUGGGAAAAGUUUCACUCAGAAUUCCAAGCUGGUGAUACACCAGAGGAGUCACACAGGAGAAAAACCAUAUGAGUGUCUCGAGUGUGGGAAAUGCUUCUGUCGGAAUUAUGACUUGGUGAUACAUCGAAGGACUCACACAGGAGAGAAACCAUAUGAGUGUCUCGAGUGUGGGAAAUGUUUCUAUCGGAAUUACGACUUGGUGAUACACUGGAGGACUCACACAGGAGAAAAACCAUAUGAGUGUCCAGAUUGUGGGAAAGAUUUCAGUAUUAGGUCUAACCUUAUAAAUCAUGUUAGGUUACACACAGGGGAGAAACCAUUCAAAUGCCCAGAUUGUGAACAGUGUUUCACACGCAAUUCCUCUCUUAUCGCACACAAGAAAUUCCACAUGAGGGAAAAUUUGAUGUGUGUAGAGGAAUCUUGAACUUCGUUUCUCUUUUCUUAUUGGAAGCCCAGCUGAGAAAUUAAUAUUUUUGAUUUCUUGCAUGAUUCUUUUUAGUCAAACGUGUCUUAGUAUCAGACAUGAGGAAGGAAAUCUGAACUCCCUUUCUCUGGCCCAGGGCGGUGGUUCCCUUUCAUGGAGUCGAAGGGAACUGCUGUGCUGGGCCAGAAAAGGCGAGCUUGGACCUUUAUUAGAUGUGUUUGUCGUCUUGAGUUGUUUCUUCAUAUCAUAAAGGGGCAUAUAAAUAUGAAUGCAUGUAUGUUUAUUACGAAAAUCUAUAUGGCAGAGAAACUCAUGGUAACUCAACACAGUUUACAGCAAUACAAUCGUAAUACAGAAACCAAUAAACCCCAUAUAUUGUAAAUUGCAAAGCAUUUAACAUUUACUUGCCCUGCAAAUACAAGGCACGUCUAGCAAAGGUGAUGGCAUUUUUAUGGUUGUGAUGUCCCAGAAAGGUGAUUUUUGUUAUUGGCCUUACUAACUGCGUUCAAGCCUGGUGGCAUUCUUGCCCAAAACUUAUCUUUCUCCUUCAAGGAGUUAAACUGGAGAAGUUAAUUUCCAGGUCUAUUCUGAUUUAAAUCUGGUAUUAUCCCCUCCACCAGUGCCCCAUUAAA